UCUGUUAUUUGCUGCCUUGAUUUCUCUGCAUCGAGACCUCGCUUUCAGCGAUUUUCUGGAAGAGAAAGAGAAGGAUUGAAAAUGGCGGACGAUAUUUUGUAUUUCGAGCUCAAUACUGGCGCCAAAAUGCCUUCGGUGGGGUUAGGGACAUGGCAGUCUAGCCCUGGGUUGGUCGCCGACGCCGUCACUGCCGCCAUUAAGAUUGGAUAUCGCCAUAUUGAUUGUGCUCGACUUUAUCGUAACGAGGCAGAGAUUGGUUCUGCUUUGAAGAAGCUAUUUGAAGAUGGUGUGGUCAAGCGUGAGGAUUUGUGGAUUACGUCUAAACUGUGGUCUACUGAUUUUGCACCGGAAUAUGUACAAGAGGCAUUGGACAGUACUUUGCGAGACUUGCAGCUUGAUUACGUUGACUUAUACCUUAUCCACUGGCCAGUGCGGAUGAAAAAGGAGUCAGUAGGCUUCCAUCCCGAAAACCUUCUUGUACCAGAUAUACCUGGCACUUGGAGAGAGAUGGAAGCACUCUUUGAUUCGGGUAAGGCUCGAGCAAUUGGUGUGAGCAAUUUUUCAUCAAAGAAGCUAGGAGAUUUGCUGGAUGUGGCGCGCAUUCCUCCUGCUGUUAACCAAGUUGAAUGUCAUCCGUCCUGGCAGCAGACAAAGCUACACGCAUUCUGCAAAUCCAAGGGAGUUCACCUUUCUGGAUAUUCACCAUUGGGUUCUCCUGGCACUACGUGGAUCAAAAGCGACGUCCUCCAGAAUCCAAUUCUCAAGAUGGUUGCAGAAAAAUUAGGAAAAACUCCUGCUCAAGUUGCUCUUCGUUGGGGCCUGCAAAUGGGUCAUAGCGUUCUUCCUAAGAGCACAAACGAAUCAAGAAUCAAAGAGAACUUUGAUGUUUUUGGUUGGCAUAUACCGGAGGACCUGUUUGCCAAGUUUCAUGAUAUUGAGCAGGCAAGACUUGUAAGAGGGACCUCAAUUGUCCAUGAUACUUAUGGUCCAUAUCGGACUCUUGAGGAGCUUUGGGAUGGUGAGAUCUGAAUGGUUAUAUCACUCUUAAUCAAAGGGCUAGUAUAGAUGAUGAUUGUUUUGACAAUUCUGUUAAACAUUUGGUGCACUGAACUCUUUCUUGUUUUGAUGGCGCUAAAAAUAAGACUUUCAUUUUAUUCUAGUAAUCUGGUU